UGAAAAUAUUUCUUGUUUCAGGGAAUUAUUGGAUUGUCACGGAACUUUCACUAAACUGUCAGUAUCAGUUUUGAGUGUGCUCUAAAAACAUGUAUGAAUGGAGCAACUUCAGCGAAAUGACUGGAAAACUUCCCCGAAUGCACCGCUUCCCAAGAAUUUUGGACGAUCCCUCACUGGAUUCCAUUUUUGAAAAUACAACACCUGCUGCUGCUCUUCUCAUUCCACCCCCUGGCUACGUUACAGAUGAAUCAUUCGAUGUAAGGGAAAUGUUAGAUCCUUCGUUUGGUCAAAAUGCACCUUCUGACAUCCUGGAACUUCCCUUAAAUUCUCCGAUUCCCACAAGUCCAGUAUUCCCUUCAAGUGCUUUGCGUCCCUCGUAUGGUCAAAAUCCACCUUCGCCACAAAUUACUCCAUAUUCUGGAUACAUUCAGGGUGGAGAAGGAUCCGCUGCACCCAGUUCGCCGCCUAGAAGUUCAUCCGGAGUUAGACGGAGUCCAUCCGGAGGUGAAGGUGGAGCGCCAGACACAGUGGAUUGGAGGUGCCCCGAAUGCGGAAAAUCCUACCAUAACAAAGAGACAAUAUACGCGCAUAAAUAUAAUCAUUUCGCAGUUCGCAAAGGCUAUACCACGUGCAGGAGAUGCCGUGCACCCCCUCUCAAAAUACCCGUGGGCCGUUAUGUCUGCGACAUUUGCGGAGAUUCUUUCGGUGCUCCCGGCUAUUUCAAAGGGCACCUGCAGAGCCACACAGGAGAGACGGUCUGUCCCAUAUGCUGGGCAUUUAAUUCAUCGCCGGCUAAUAAGACCAAGCAUUUGGCAAAACACCACCAGGGUCCUCGGAAUCCCUAAAAUUGGAAUCUGUAAGGAACUAGAAGAUUUUGGAAUCGGAAAAACGCGAUCUACAUACAUAAAAAAUCAUUUAAUAUAAGUGUAACACUCUAACAGUGUGUAUUAUUAGUUGUAAAUCUUCGUCAAUUAAGUACCGAGGGUAUGGAUUUGCUCGAAAAAUGAAAACGUGAUUAGAUCGACAAAUUAUUAAAAAACAUCAAUUAUUGGCUGCAACUACCUCGUUAUUAUUUUCAUUGAUCCUAACUGCUAACCGCAACAUGUUUAAUUAUUAAAAAUCAGUUGUCAAUUUGAUUUAGACCCCCUGCUCAAACAUGCUGGAAAGUGUGGGGACUCACGUGACAAAAUUGCAGACAGUGUUGUGGUUGUUGCUCUGCAAAAAUUGCUGGACUGUCGUUUCAACUGUGAGCGCCAAAUUUUCCUAGGCCUCGACAGCGGGAAGCUUGCAGGGAUCCCGUGGGGUCCCCCACUCAGAAAGUGGUAGGGGGUGCUCUUGGGGCCAUUCGCCACCGACCCUCUUUAGCCAUACCUGCUGCUCCUCGGCCGUGUCAACAUUCGACUGUUUUUGCAUGGAGGAGUUAGGUGCAAAAAUGGCCCGAAUAGCAAAAUCGAGAUUCCAAAAAACAGCGAUCGAAUAUUUCAUUACAGUACCAAUUUGAUACAUUAUCAGGUAUUGCAUUGGCUGAGGUCAAAAAAAGUUAGUCUAUAUCCUCGAGUUCAAGUUGGCACGAGAGAAACAUAGAAAGAUAUUGUUGAAAAUGAGAAAAAAAAAACCGAAAUGAUGUAUUCUCGUAGUUUGUGCAUAGUCUGAUUUGCAAAGUACAUUUUGUGUUUAAAUGCCUGAUACUAA